AUGAAGCCGACCAACACCAGCUUUCGAGUCGUCACUUUCGCCCCGCGGGCCUACCUCUUCACGUCAUGCACGCGAACAACAGCGGUGUCGUCACGGACUUUCAGCGCGUCCAGUGCUUCGAGAAACGACUCUUCUUCUUCUUCUUCUAAACCCGCACCCUCUCCGUUCGGCUUCGGCGGCGGACCGUCGCCACCGAGACUGCCCAAGGAAGAACAAGAGAUCUUUGAAGCGCUGCAGCGGUCGUCGACGGGCGCAUUCUCAACGCCACGCACGCCGCCGAAGAUCAAUCAGUCGCCUCACUCCGAGCCAGCGGAGGCCGCCGAUGCGCAGGUGAGAGUGGAAGAGAGGGUGGACAGGAUCCAGGCGCAGUCGGCGACGAGACAGAAGGAUCUGGGCGAGAGCAUGUCCAGGUUCAAAGAGCAGUUUGAUCGAAAGAUCGACGCGAGGGGCGACGGCGAGGAGUUGCAUCCAAACGUCGUCCGCGGCGCGCAGCCCGAGUUCGAAGGCGACGUGAAUCCCAAGACCGGCGAGGUGGGAGGGCCCAAGAACGAGCCCUUGAGAUGGGGCGCUUCCGGGGAAUGGAGCUAUAAUGGGAGAACUACGGAUUUUUGA